UUUCCCCGCUGGAUUCCUUCGGGGGCAAGGAUUCCCGUCCAACUUUCACCCUGGGAGUUGGGUAUGAGUCCGCCCCCACCGCCGCCGCCUCUGGAUGCCCAAGGCACGCCUUGCCCUUGCGGCUCUGCGGCCAAACCCCCUUGAACUCUUCAGCGUCCUUCUUGACCACGCAUUGUUUCAGGGUGCCCAGCUGUUACCAGGUCUUUCCUCUCGGGACUCCCCUGCCCUGUUUCUUUGGAGAGAUUGGCUUCUAGUUGGGAAGAUGCCACGUCCGCGCAACUUCGUGCCGUCCCAAGUAGACGGAGCAAAUGCGGGUGCGGAUAAUGCCGAAGCACAGCAGGAGCUGAGCUCUCUGGCAAAGCGACCCCAACCCCUCGGGGCUUGCCGAAAGCGUCCUGCAUUUGGGGAUAUGACCAAUGCCCACACGUCAUUACAGAAGCAAGGGAAGAAGGAGGUGGCCAAGAAAGCCUCAGAGAUAACAACUCUGCCGCAAGUCACAGAGAGCGACGGACACGUCGUGAAAAAGUCUCUAAGCAAAGCUGCCUCUGAGGAAGCACCACCAAACUCUGACCAAUUUGCUAAGAAGAGUGCGAUUCAGGACAAAGAAGAGGAGAUGGACCAUUCCCUGACAUCGGUGGAUCAAAUGGCGUCGGCACUGAACCCCGCUUGCUCUGAGACAAUGGAGGUCAUGCCAGUCGACAACAACGGCCAGCCAGGCGACCCUUACGCCAACUGUGAAUAUGCCUUGGACAUCUUUAUGUACAUGCGGGAACGUGAGGAGAGGUACUUGCUCCCAGACUACAUGAAGGAUCAGCCUGACAUCACCACAGAAAUGCGGGCCAUCUUGGUGGACUGGAUGGUGGAAGUGCAGGAGAACUUCGAGCUCAAUCAUGAGACACUUUACUUGGCGGUCAAGCUGUUGGACCACUUUUUGGCGAAAGAGACCACCAUGCGAGACAGACUGCAGCUCAUUGGCUCCACAGCCAUCCUCAUUGCCUCCAAGUUUGAGGAGCGCUGCCCACCCUGCGUGGAUGACUUUCUGUACAUCUGUGAUGAUGCAUACGAUAGAAAGAUGCUCCUCUGCACUGAAAAGAGUAUCCUGAUAGCGCUCAAGUAUGACAUCAACAUCCCCAUCGCUUACCGCUUCCUCCGGCAAUAUGCCAAGUGCGCACAGGUCAACAUGGAGACUCUGACGCUGGCUCGCUUCAUUUGCGAACUCACCCUACAGGAUUACAACUUCGUACAGGAAAGCGCCUCUCAGCUGGCUUCCGCCUGCCUCUUUUUGGCACUCAGGAUGAAAGAGCUCGGGGGCUGGGGUCCCACACUAGAACGUUACAGUGGCUACAAAGAUAAAGAGCUUUACCCUCUGGUGAAGAAACUCAACUUCAUGCUGAUCUACAAGCACGAUGAACGACUCAAUACUGUGUACAGCAAGUACUCCCACCGGGUCUUCUUUGAGGUGGCCAAGAUACCCCCCAUCAACAUGCGGAAGCUGGAGGAAGCCUUGCAGAGCUAGCUCUUCCUUGGCAGGACCCAAGGAGGCCCCUUGGACGUUCUUGUGCUGAGGUGCUGCAAUGCUGUUUCACUGUAGAUGACCUGUAAAUAGACAUGUACUAUUAGCCCUAGAGAACCCCUCCUCUUUUUGUAACAUAAAUUGCAAUUAAAAAAUAUAUAUUUAAAAAAUGUAUGGUGGGUAGUGGGGGAAAAUAAAACAUAUCACUUUUGCUAAAGAU